AUGAAACGUCUGCCAGGUAUUGCACUGUGGAGGAGUUGUACUCCUUGUUUUUAAUUUGGUGGACCUUAACCAGCCAUCUCGCAGACUAUGUACAAAGUUUUUUAUAAAACAACUUCUUGGAUCGCAGAAUAGAAGACCACCUUAUGGUAUAUUCCUUCAUGGGGCUUCAGCUAAGAAGAAGCUGCUCUCAUGGCAUUGGAGCUCUUUGGCAAAAUGAUACCUUGCAAAAUUACUUGCAGUCUUUAGUCAAGGAGCAUGGACGAAUAGGAGAAAUGUUAAACAAUUCAUUAAAAGAAGAGGAACGCAAAGCCCUAAAUAUUGAGCAUGCUGAACUGUCCCCUAUUUGUUAUUUGCUGUGCCAAAUACAAGAAUCAGAAAAAGAAGGCAAAGAGUUGGAAGCCAUGUGUGCUGAUCUCACUUCCAGAGAAGAGGAACAGUUGCUGAGCCUUGCACUGGAAGAAAAGGAUGCUAUAACUCAUAACAUCACUCAGUUGCGUACAAAGCUAUUACGGCUUCUUAUGCCUCAAGAAAAAUAUGACAAGAAUAAUGCAAUACUAGAGGUGGUAUCUGGCAGAACUACUGGAGGUGAUAUUUGCCAGCAGUUUACUAGAGAGAUUUUUGACAUGUACCAAAACUAUGCACACUACAAGUCUUGGACAUUUGAGAUCUUGAAUUACAUGCCGGAAGGCUCUGGAGGGCUUCACCAUGCGGCUGCACGAAUUGCGGGUGAAGGGGUUUACAAGCAGUUAAAAUAUGAAGGGGGAGUUCACAGAGUUCAGCGCAUUCCACAGGUGGGCCUGUCCUCUAGGAUGCAGAGGAUUCACACAGGAACCAUGACUGUAAUUGUCCUUCCACAGCCAGAUGAGGUUGAUAUUAAAAUUGAUCCAAAGGACUUGAGAAUCGAUACAUUCAGAGCUAAAGGGGCUGGAGGUCAACAUGUUAAUACGACAGACAGUGCAGUGAGGAUUGUUCACCUACCUACAGGGAUGUCAGUGGAAUGCCAAGAAGGGCGUUCUCAAAUUCUGAAUAAGGAAACUGCUAUGAAGGUGCUAAGAGCUAAACUCUUUGAACAGACAGUAAAUCAAGAGCUGUCCCAAAGGCAACGUGCCAGGAAACUGCAGGUUGGUACAAGAGACCAGUCUGACCGAAUUCGUACUUACAAUUUCACUCAGGACAGACUAACGGACCACCGGAUAUCCUAUGAAUCUAGAAAUUUAAAGGUAAGUAUUUAA